CAUUUUCAGAAGUGAAUGAGACUUCAUUAUCGGUUCUGUAACUUCCAGUAGUCAUUUUUCAUUCUAAAUACUAAAUUUUCUAAGUUUGACAACAUUGUCCGGGAAUCAACAAGCGAAAACGCAAGCACGCAGAACAUGCAAGAUCGAUCACCUUGAAGUUCUAUUUUUCACAGAUCGUCUGCGUUGUUUUUCUCUUCUGCAGUUUUGUGCAUUGCUCUAUUUUUAAAUAAAUAAUCUCAAAGUGUUCCAUAUUAACUCUUCUAUUUGAUUCUCAACGCGGUUAGUGUGAUUUAUUCACUUUUCCCCAAAAAUCUUCAAUAAAUAUUCUCUAGUUGUGACGAUCAGCUGCUGUGGUUAGUGCUGCCGUGUUGCCAGAUCAAAGAAAAUGGUGUCUGGUCGUGUAGUGAUUUACGGAGGAAGAGGCGCUCUUGGUGCUAAAUGCGUCGCCCAAUUGAAAGCAGCAAACUUUUGGGUGGCCAGCGUCGACUUGGCGGAAAAUGCCGAUGCCGACGUCAGCGUCACAGUGAAAACUAGUGAAAGUUUUAUUCAGCAAGAAUCGGCCAUCGUCAGUGCCAUCGGUAAUAUCUUGAAAGACGAAAAGCUAGAUGGGAUCUUUUGCGUGGCAGGUGGUUGGGCUGGAGGAAACUCUUCUAAAGACCUUGCCAAAAGCUCAGAACUGAUGUGGACUCAAAGUGUGUGCAGCAGCGUCAUCGCUUCAACUUUGGCGUCCAAAUAUCUUAGAGAAGGAGGGGUUUUGCAAUUGACUGGCGCUAAAGCUGCUCUAGAAGCCACCCCAGGAAUGAUUGGAUAUGGAAUGGCCAAAGCUGCUGUUCAUCAUCUUACCAAAUCUCUGGCCGGUAAAGACAGCGGUUUACCUUCCAACAGCACUGUGUUGGCCAUUCUGCCCAUCACUUUAGAUACGCCAAUGAACCGAAAGUGGAUGCCCAAUGCUGAUUUUUCCACUUGGACCCCCUUGGAAUACGUGGCCGAUUUAUUUGUGAAGUGGGCGAAAGGAGACGAUCGUCCCACUUCCGGAAGCUUGGUCCAAUUGGUUACUAAAGACUCGAAAACUACCUUGAUUCCUGCCUAAGAGGACGAUCAGUAUUUACUACCAGCAAAUUCCAAGAUAUAUCGAUUUUUGGUGGGUCCAAUAAGUAUUUGAGCAUUUUUUGAAAUUCUUGAAUAUACCGCAAGACUGUUUGUGCUUCGAUGUAAUAUUUACAACUGUUCAAAUUUUGAUUUGUUAAAUAUAUUGCAAUAAUCGCCUGUUUAA